AUGUUGAGACAAGCACUGUUGAAGACGCCACGCGCCACUAGAUCCGCAGCGGUCUUGAGAAGAUCGUACUCUGCUUUCAAAGAGAUCAAGUUCGGUGUGGAGGGCAGGGCCGCCCUGUUGAAAGGUGUCGAGACCCUAGCGGAUGCCGUCUCUGCGACACUGGGGCCCAAGGGGAGGAACGUUCUCAUUGAACAGCCGUUCGGCCCCCCCAAGAUCACGAAGGAUGGUGUCACCGUCGCUAAAGCCAUCGUGUUGGAGGACAAGUUUGAAAACAUGGGUGCUAAAUUGUUGCAAGAGGUUGCAUCAAAGACGAAUGAGGCCGCCGGGGACGGUACCACCUCGGCUACCGUUCUGGGGAGAGCCAUCUUCACAGAGUCUGUUAAGAAUGUCGCUGCUGGUUGUAACCCAAUGGAUUUGAGAAGAGGGUCGCAGAUGGCUGUCUCUAAAGUGAUCGAUUUCUUGAGUAAGAACAAGAAGGAGAUUACUACCGCGGAGGAGAUAGCUCAAGUGGCCACCAUCUCUGCCAAUGGUGACUCACACGUUGGGGAAUUGUUGGCCUCUGCGAUGGAGAAAGUCGGGAAGGAGGGGGUCAUCACCAUUAGAGAGGGGAGAACCUUGGAGGACGAACUGGAGGUCACGGAGGGGAUGAGGUUCGAUCGUGGGUUCAUCUCGCCUUACUUCAUCACGGACGCCAAGUCCGGUAAAGUAGAGUUUGAAAAACCUUUGCUUUUGCUCAGUGAGAAGAAGAUCUCAUCGAUUCAGGAUAUUUUGCCCGCUUUGGAACUGUCCAACCAGAACAGAAGACCACUUUUGAUCAUCGCUGAAGAUAUCGACGGUGAAGCGUUGGCGGCUUGUAUCCUUAACAAGUUGAGAGGACAAGUUAAAGUCUGUGCUGUCAAGGCUCCAGGGUUCGGUGACAACAGGAAGAACACUUUGGGGGACAUCGCCGUCCUGACGGGCGGGACUGUCUUCACAGAGGAACUCGACUUGAAGCCAGAACAUUGCACUUUGGAACAGCUAGGGUCCUGUGACUCGAUCACCGUCACCAAGGAGGAUACGGUCGUCUUGAACGGCGACGGGUCCAAAGAAUCCCUACAGGACAGAAUCGAACAGAUUAAGAACUCUGUCGAUGCCACCACAACGAACUCGUACGAGAAGGAGAAAUUGCAGGAGAGAUUGGCUAAAUUGUCCGGUGGUGUCGCCGUCGUUAGAGUCGGCGGUGCUUCGGAGGUCGAGGUCAGCGAAAAGAAGGACCGUUACGACGACGCACUUAACGCCACAAGAGCCGCUGUCGAGGACGGUAUCUUGCCCGGCGGUGGUACCGCUCUAGUCAAGGCCACCCGUAUCCUAGACGACGUCCAAGUCGACAAUUUCGACCAGAAACUGGGUGUGGACAUCAUUAGAAAGGCGAUCACAAGACCUGCCAAACAGAUUAUCGAAAACGCAGGCGAGGAGGCAUCCGUGAUCGUCGGGAAGUUGGUCGACCAAUACGGUGACAACUUCGCUAUGGGUUACGACUCAGCAAAGGGUGAAUUCACAGACAUGCUUGAAACAGGGAUCAUCGACCCAUUCAAAGUCGUCAGAUCAGGACUCGUCGACGCUUCUGGGGUCGCAUCCUUGCUGGCUACCACGGAAGUGGCCAUCGUCGACGCCCCAGAACCAGCUGCUGCUGGUGGCGCUCCAGGCGGUGGUAUGCCAGGCAUGCCAGGCAUGAUGUAA